AUGGGAAGUGGACAAAGCAAUCAAAACUAACUUAACAAUCAGAAUCAUCAAAGCUCUCAAAACAAUCAAGAACAUGUACCAGAAUAGCAAACUUUAAUUAAUUCAAGUGUUGCCUUGAGAUCUCAAGCACUGAAAAAAAGAAUGAUUUCUUAAGAUGAUGACGAUGAUGAUGAUGACGAUGAUGAGGAAGAGGAACAAGACUCUAAUGAGGAUAGUGAGAAUGAUGAAUAAUAGUUUGAAUCUAAAAAGAAAGAAGAAUAUGUUAUAGGUGAUAAAUUAGUCGAAAACAAAUCGAUGUAUUCGGGUUAUCUUCUAAAUAGAACUUAAUUACUUGCAAUUAAAAAGAUAGCCCUUAACAAUAAAGAGAAUUUCAAGAUUAUUAAAUACAACUUGCAAUAGCUCGCCAAUCUGAGACAUUAAAACUUAGAACCCAUUAUCAGUUGGAAUUUUGAAAAUAGCAAUAAUAAGAAAAAUUAUUACCUCAAUGUCUUUUCCAAUUUUUAGUCCAAUGGCUCUUUACAAUCUAUAAUUUCUAAAUACUGUAAAUUUUCAUAAGAACUUGUUUUAACAAUAUUCCAAUCAAUAUUAAAAGCCCUCGAUUAUUUACAUUCUUAGAAUAAAUUGCAUAGAAAUCUAAAGACCUCAAAUGUCUUGGUGGAUCCCGAAGGAACAAUCUUGAUAUCUGAUAUCUUGAUCCAGAGUUAAUAUUCUUUAUCUAACUACAGUGCUCCUGAAGCUUUUGAAUAUGCUGACUAUUCUGAGGCAUCGGAUAUUUGGAGUGCAGGAUGCAUUGUUUACGAACUCAUUACAAAAAGAUAGCCGUGGCAAACAGAUGAAAGAGUCCUCUCGAUUCAGGAAAUAAAAAGGAAAUAUUCUCAAAAUUAACUAUUCUUUAAUGAAAAGGAAAAUAUCUAAAGAAGCUUUUUACUUAUCUUACAACAAAUAUUUUCAUUUAAUCCUUAAGAAAGACCUUCUGCAAGUUAACUUCUUAAAAAUUAAAUAUUUGUGGAAAAUUCAUAAAACAAAUUCAAAUAGGUUCUUAAAUAAACAUCUUAGAAGGAAAUGUAAAAAAAACCACAAUAACAAAUUAUGUCAUUAAUAUAAAAUUUUGAACACAAUAAUAAUGUAAAGACUCCUAAACCAUUUUAAUUUGUUAAAAUGAUAAAAAAGGAGGAUGAUGAAACUUAAUUUCAUAUAAAAGAAUGUGUUUUAAGUAUUCAAUCAAAUACAUUAAAAGAGUUCACUGUUUAAAAUAAUAGUAGUUAAUUCUCUAUAACGAAAAGCUUGUGCUCUAAAUAAGGCAAAUUUGGUACGAAUCUCAUUCAAUAACAAUUAUGCCAAAAUAAAUAGUCUUCUAGAGUCCAGGAAGCUUAAAAUUUAUUAUAAUUUGUAUCUCAAAUGAAAACUGCCAUUAACUUUCAGGGGAGCAAUGUUGAAAGUUAAAAUUCAGUGUCUGACAAAAAUUUUGAUUUAAAAAGUGUUUAAAGACAUAAUCUAAUUCUAUAGAGUGAAUAAUCCGUGAAAUUAGAGAAUCAAUAGAAACAAGAUUCCCAAUAGAUUUAAGAUUAAAAAGUCAUAAAAUCAAUAACCGAAUCAAUUUAAAAGGAAGACUUGAUAAAUCCUUAAGCAGAGGCAGUGAAUCAUUAAAAGGAAAAUAACUUAGAAUCUGAACAGAUAUUCUUUGAUGGAGACUUUGUCUUUAUACUAUGA